UUUCCUCUCCUGGAACGAAUCAACCCAGUCGGUUUUCUCCUUCCUGUCACCCUGUCCAUCGUUGGGUGGCAACGACACAGCGACCAAGUCGCGGAGUUACCUUUGCCGUCUUCAGAACUGAUUGCUCGUGUGCAUGCACUAUCGUGCCGAUGCAGAUAUCUCUCGAACGAAAUCAUGGCUGAAGUCAUUGAGCUCUUGUCGUCAAGUUCGCCUCCACACUCACCUUUGAAUGUCCGUCAUAUUCACAUCAAUUCAAAGGCCACGGCCGUCUUGACACAGAUUUCAUGCCUGCCGGACGAACUUGACGAAACCGGCUCCAUCGACUUUGCCAUCGACCCGCCGUCCAAAAGACGAAGAUUGAGCCCAGAUUUACCUACAUCGAGUCCGCCAAGAAAGAGUCGCCCUCGCCAUUCGGGACCAGUUUACGAGCCUCUAUCCGACCCUUCCUCAUUACCAGAACUCACUUUCAAUGAAGGGACCCAUUCCGGAUCGAGACCUCCAGCACCACAACGGAGAGAUGAUCCACUCGACGAGAUUACGUGGUCCUCAUCCGCGCCAGAACUGAGGCACACUACAACCAGGAAGACCAUCAACCACUCGAGCUUCGAGGCACUCGAAGAUUCACCCGACAGUACUCCUGACCCUGUUCUCAGCCUGUCGCAACCUACUGCAAAAGACAGUGGAAUUGAACACUAUUCGCAUCGGACUGCAAAUCUCUUGGCUGUCCUUUCACAAGAUCCCAUGGUUGAAGUUAAAUCCAAGUCCAAACCGCCUAGAACAACCGACUCUGGCGUAACGAAGAAAGCAACUUCGAAAACCGUUCUUGUUGACGACAUUGUAUAUUCUUCAAGUCCAGCGAAAGUCCCUACAGCCAAAGCCGCUAAAUCAUUCGGAACGAACAAGGCAGCUACCGGAGCGGAAAGAGCUGCGGCAAAGGCUGCGCGUGAGGCUGAGAAAGAAGCUGAGAAAGAGCGUAAGAAACUUGAGCGAGAACGAAAAGCCCAGGAAAAGCAAAAGGCCGCGGAUUUGGCCGAGGCCAACAAAUCACGAACAAACAAGAAGGAGGCGGUACCAGAGAUGAUCGUCGACAUGGUAACCUCUUUGCAAGGUACGAGUGUCGGUAAUCAAGUGGAAGAAUACAUGAAGAAUCUCCAGGUAGAUGUUGCUUAUGUGGAUGAGGAGGCCAACUUGACAGACGAUCUUGGUCCCGAGCAAAUACAAUAUGGCAAUCUGAUCACCUGGCGUCGGAAGGUGAGAUCUACAUACAAUGACGAGGAUGGCCAGUGGGAGCCUACCUCGAGAAGCCGAAUUGUCAAGGAGAAGCAUGUUUUGAUCCAUCUUCCCGCUGUUGACUUCGCGGCAGUCCUUGCUGUUCAAAGCUCUGCACCUGGUAUUACCGAGUCAGACAAGGAGGCAAAGAUGAAGUCGCGUUUGGAUGCUCAUGUAGCCUCCAUCCGUCGGCGAUUUGGAAAUUGUGUUCCAGUCUACCUCAUUGAGGGCCUCAACAGCUGGCUCAAAAGGAACGCUAAUGCUAAGAAUCGAGCGUACACGGCGGCAGUCCGAGCACAGAUGGCGGAUAGUGAUGCGCAGAGUGCAGCCCGCACGAUGAGCGGAUCUCAAGCAAAAUCGAGAAAACGCAAAAAGCCGUCCGCAGACAGCCUCGACUUGUCCUCAGUAACGCCCGAUGUGGUCGAGGAUUUACUUUUGCACCUCCAGGUAGCACAUCAACCAAUCUUGAUUCAUCAUACGGCUUCGCCGGCUGCCACAGCAUCGCAAAUAUCCGCACUGACCCAACAUCUUGCGACUCGGCCAUAUCGAUUGGCUCAACUCGAUUUCAAUUUGAAGUCGGCGUCAUUUUGUAUGGACAGUGGCCAAGUCCGCACUGGAGACGACACAAGAGAUACAUUCGUGAAGAUGCUUCAGGAAGUCCAGCGUGUCACGCCGAGCAUGGCUUAUGGCAUAGUCGAUAAAUUCGAGAGCGUGAGAAAGCUUGUUGAAGGCUUUGAUCAGCAAGGAAACCUGCUGCUCGAAGACGUGCGUAAGAGUGUCAACAAGGAUGGCGGAUGGAGCGACAAGAGACUCGGACCUAUGGUGAGCAAGAGACUGUUCAAAGUCUUCAUGGGUCGUGACCCGUCUGCGACAGACGGAAUGUCAUAAUGUCAUGAUCGAAAAGUCGCUGUACUUGUAUCGAAAAGGUUCAGGUUGUCUCACGUAUGGUCCCCACAGGAUAUUAAGCAGACAUGGUUGCGAAAGAAUAUGAAGUA